AUGAGCAGCCAGAGACUCCCUGUCCCACCUCCCUUGUCUACCAGUCACCACAAGAAAAAGACGGCGGACCGGUACCGCUCGGAAUUUGGGUUGGACAGCAAUGACUUUGGAUUGAAUGGUCAAGAUUUCGGAUUGUCCCAGCUGAAGCAACAUAAAAAGAAGCAACAACAACAACAACAAGACAAACACCGGAGAAGUCUCAACAGUACCACUCAUACGGGCAACAACCAGAAACACUUUGAGUAUCCACCGCAAACUCCUCUUCGGACGCCGCGCAGCAAACCGGAUCAAUUGACGGCCACCAAGGACACAUUGGAAGCGUUUGCCGAUGAUGUCGCUACAUUGUGGUGUGGCUUUGGAGGAAUUCCCGUCUUGGAUGAACCACCUUCCACAUUAACCUUUCUACGAGACUAUGUCAGUCGCAGUCGACCCUGUAUCAUUCGCAAUGCUCUCAUGGUUCGAGACGACAAUCCACACAAAAAUACAAAAAAGAUUGACAAGCAAGGCAGUAAUAGUAUUUCCUCAUCGACCAGUCACUUGACAUUGGUCUCUCCCACAUCGGCGGUUCACAGUCAUGCCAACAACAACGGUUUUACGCGCAAUUCCGACACACGGCCGCUCCAUUUGUCUCUCGACGAUCUUGUCGACAUUGAUCCGGAAUUGGAAGUGGUCGUCGAUGCCACUCCCGAUGGCCACGGCGAUUGCAUUCGGACCGUCUUGGAUUAUCAGACUCAACAAGUUCAUCGGUUGUUUAUAACGCCGGAACAACGGCGCAUGAGUCUCCGAGAAUUUCGAAAACAAUUGCGGCAGGGAAGAAAACAACUUACAGAAGAUGAUGACAACGAGAGUCAAGAAAGUGAUUCGGACGAAGAACCUGAAGAAGAAAUCUACGACGAAUUGGAUGGCAAACGCAUUUAUCCACUCAAAGGAACGCAAAAAUCACCACGGCGGAAAUGUUCCACUGGAUUUGACGAUAUUCUCGAUGGCUGUGGGACAGCACCGGGAGUGGCGGAUGCUACGCAACGUGCCAGCGGCAUGAUUGCCUCGUGCAAUGCCAUGGAUGACAUGCAAGACAUGAUUAGCAGCAUGCCCUUUUUCAACGAUCUCAUUGACGGCAGUAACAGUGGUGGCAACAACUCCAACCCCAAUAGUUGCAGUCAACAAGGAUUCGAAGUCAAUGACAACAGCAUGGUCGCCACUCCUCCUCCACCACCGCCGUCUGUCUUGUAUUAUUCCCGUCAAAAUGAUUGUUUCCGCACUGAGUUGCCUUCCAUUUACAAGGCCACACGGCAUGUCAUUCCCGAUUCGUUGCCGUUUGCCGAAGAAGCCUUUGGGACGGGCAAACCCGAAGCCAUGAAUUUGUGGAUGGGAGACGAACGGGCCGUUUCGAGCAUGCACAAGGAUCCCUACGAAAACAUGUUUUAUGUCGCCAGUGGGGAAAAGAUUUUUACCCUCUGUCCACCCGCGGAUGCUCCGUAUCUCUAUGAGCAGGACUUUUUGUCCGGAUCCUUUGAUUCGCAACCCUCCAAACAACCAUCCGUCUUUCCCACUACGGCCGGGUAUGAAGCACGGCGGCGCAAAUGGACUGUCCAAACCGAUUUUCACAAGGACAACACCAAGGAAGAAGAAGAAGAAGACGAUGACAUUCGACUCAAUCACAAUCUGCAUUCGCCGCAACUCAUUCAUCACAAUUUCACCGGAAACGAUUUGGAGCCAAUGUGUCCCGAAGCGGCCAUUGACCAUACCAACAAGGACAACGACGCCAAUAAAACGACGCCCUAUGUGAGAUGGAUUGAAGCCGAUGUCAAUGCCUUGGCGGAUCCACGCUGCGAACGAGAACAACGACGAAAAUUUCCACUCCUCCAAUACGCGCAUCCCAUUCGACAAGUCCGCGUUCAGGCCGGGGAAUUGCUGUACUUGCCGGCACUGUGGUUUCAUCGGGUCACACAAAGUCGGGAAACGAUUGGAAUCAAUUGGUGGUACAAUAUGCAAUUCUGUUCCCCGCAAUGGUGUUAUUUUCAGCUCCUCUCCAAAUUGCAACCGCGGCCUUCCGCACAAUUGCCCGCCACUACUCCACUGCUCGAUCAUGAUGAUGACGACGACGACAACAAUCAUAACCAGCAACGCACCAACAAAGAUCGAACAGCAUUGUUUGUGGAAAGUGUGGAGGAACCCUCCAGUCUCCAGUUUGCCAACAACUUUCCAAGCAGUACAAAGGCAGCCGAGGCAUUUAAAAACACCAGUCAGGCAGCCGAAGCCACCAUUCGAGGUGUGUUGGGUACGAUCCGAAACAACUGGGAGUAG